AACAAAGGAAGAAACCUGUUUUUCCUUUUUUGUACUUCUUAUGUACUUGGGUUGAGCCCUUUGCGCCUUCAAUAAAAUUUUGCCUACCUAGAAAAGAAAAAUAGAAAUCUGAACAAAGGAAGUCACAUGGAACAACUUGGAUAUAUACUCUCAAGUCUUAUUAUGACGUUAACCCCCAAGUUAUUUCAUGUCUAAGCCCAUACCAAAAAUAUACACAUAAUCAAGUUUACGUUUCUAUUGAUUAAUUUGUACCAAUGUCUUAAUGAAUGCAUGCAUGAUAACUCUUGUUUCCUUCUCCAAUUAUUGUCUCUCAUAUUUCUGCUACUUGAAUCUUAAGUUUGGGAAAGUCAUCUCUCAAUUAGUUAAUUCUAGCAUUGGUUUUUAUGGUUGAAACUUGGUUUCCAUUUUGGUUGAAACAUCGGCCACCCUUGUGGCUGUGAUUACAGGGAAGUUGUUUUGAGAAAUUGUAUAGGAGAGUAUUUCACUUAACCAUCCUUGUUUGGCGCAAUGGUAAUGUGACCAUAAUCUUCAUAUUAAUGCUCCCGGAUCUUGUUUUGUAUCAGAUAUCUGAAUGGUUGAGUGAGCAAAGGAACCAUGACCUAUCCCCUGGAGACAUUGCGAUUCGGCUAGAUUUGAUCUCAAAAGUUCAUGGUCUAGAAGAAGCAGAGAAGUAUUUUGAUGGCAUCCCUGACACUUCGAGAAUCACCAUCCACGUAUAUGGUGCUCUGUUAAACUGCUAUGCAGAACAUAAAUCUUUAGACAAAGCAGAGGCCACCAUGCAGAAGAUGAGGGAGCUAGGUUUUCUGAAAACAUCUCUGUCUUAUAACAAUAUGUUAAAAUUCUAUUCUCGGUUGGGUAAAACUGAGAAACUAGACAGUGUAAUGCAAGAGAUGGAAAAGCAGGGCAUUGAUUGGAAUAUGGUCACAUUUAACAUUAGGUUGAAUGCUUAUGAAGCCACCUCUGACAUUGAGGGAAUGGAGAAGCUUUUAAUGAAGAUGGAAGCUGAUCCUGAAAUCACCAUCGACUGGAAUGCUUAUGCUGUUGCAGCAAAUGGAUACUUGAAAGCUGGCUUACAUGAAAAGACGAUAGAAAUGCUGAAGAAAGCAGAGCAACUCGUUAGCGGUAAAACAAGACCCAUUCACAUUAUGUCUGCUUAUGGAGCAAUGGGGAAAGUCUGGAACUCGGUCUAUCUUUGUAUGAUAAGCUCGUUAGUAAAGCUGGAUGACUUGGAUGGUGCUGAGAAGAUUCUGGAGGAGUGGGUAUCUGUAACUACUUUCCUCGACUUUCGGAUUCCACGUGUGCUGAUCACUGCUUAUUGCGAGAAGGGUCUUUUGGAAAAGGCUGAAGCAUAUAUAGAGAGGCUUAAAGACAGUGGGAUGGAGGUAGACCCAUUCACAUUGGAUCGCCUGGCAAGUGGAUAUCGUGCACAUGGCCAGGUGGAGAAGGCAGUGGAGACAAUGAAGCAGGCACUCUUGGCAGGUCUACCAGGUUACAAGCCCAACCGUUUUAUUUUGGCUGAACAUCUCGAGUACUUGAAAGAGAAGGGAGAUGUGGAAGCGGCAGAGGAGAUUUUGAGGUUACUUAGAGAAAAUUGUCAUUUCUCAACUGCUAUUUGUGAAAAAUUACGAAGUUAUAUUCAUGUUGAAAGUCCAUCUCGUAGAAAAGGCAUUUGA